AUGCAUUGUCGAGGCGUUCAGAGUACCGCCCUGAAGAGGGGUACAUCUUGCGACUACAAUUGGUGCAACUAUGCCAGGACUUCCGGUUGA